ACAUGAGUUUGUUUUAAGUUGUUAGAAAAGUGGUCGGACAGAUAUAGUUGGACGAGCCUAGCUUAAAACAUUGUUGAUCUUUGAGAGAAUUCUGUGAGCAGUUUUCAUCGGGUCUGCGUCACAAUGGCAUCAGUCUGGGUACUCGUCCUUCUGCCGGCCUUGACCCUGGGCUAUACCCUCAACGAAGCAAUCAACGACGCCUCAUCUCUCUAUACCAAGCUUGACAGCAACAAUGACGGCUUUUUGUCCAAAACUGACAUCUGGGACGCUUUUCUGGUUUACGACUGUAACCAUGACAACAAGAUAGCGAUGGACGAGCUGAAAGACUUUACACUUGCCAACGUGCCGAGUCUGGUCGAUCUGGCCUUGAUUUGGGGGAGCCUCAUCGACACCAACCACGACAGUAGAAUCAGCCCGGCCGAGUAUGACGUAUAUUUCGCGACCGUUGACCAGAAUGGUGACGGGAAAAAUGGCGUCCUCGAGUUUGGCGCAUACGUUGCCAGUUUGGCGACCAACAGCGCUUUUCUUGCCUUUUUUGGCUAGCCAGUGACUAGUCCAUGUCGUUGUUAGAAUUGUGACUAUGGUAACACAUGCGGUCAUGUGACACUUUUGUUGAAAUUAAAGACAUCUGCAAAA